CCUUUCAAAAACGGUUUAAUUCGCAAACUUUAGAUAUAAAAGGGCCAUUGGAUGGUGUUCGUGUUCUAGAAUUAGGACAAAUCAAAAUUGAAACACCAGGAUCAGGCGAUCCGAUCCGUGUUUGGCGAAACAUAGAUAUUGAUGGUGUCAGUCCAUGGUUUCGCUCAAUGGGCAGAAAUAAAAAGUCAUGUGAGAUAAAUCUACGAACAGAAGGUGGAAGAAAACUAGUUCGCCAAUUGGCUGAUAAGUGUGAUGUUUUACUUGAAAACUUUCGUCCUGGUACGAUGGAGAAAUGGGGGCUUGGACCUGAUGAACUUUACAAGACAAAUCCUUCGUUAAUAUACACGCGAGUUUCUGGGUUUGGGCAAACAGGUCCUUAUGCAUCAAAACCAGGCUUCGCGUCAGUAUGCGAGGCAAUGGCAGGAUUUCGAUAUAUAACCGGUUUUCCAAAUAUGCCACCGGUUCGCCAAAAUAUAUCCAUAGGAGAUUCAUUGGCUGGAUUGACUGCGGCAUUCGGAACUGUUAUGGGACUUUUGGCUAGGAAUAAAAUUACUUCAAGUGAUAAAACUGGUCAGGUGAUUGACGUAGCCAUUUAUGAAAGCAUGUUUAAUAUGAUGGAAGGCAUUUUACCUGAAUAUGAUAGAUUUGGAGAAAUAAGGCAACCUUCUGGUACUUCUGUCACUGGUAUUGUACCUACAAAUGCGUACCCGUGUUCAGAUUCUAAAUAUGUAAUCAUUGGUGGAAAUGGAGAUACAAUAUACAAACGACUGAUGAAAGCUAUCGGAAGGGAAGAUCUCAUCACUGCAGAGUAUGAAACUAACAAGGAACGUGUUAAACACAAAGAAUUGAUUGAUAAUGCAAUUUCAGAUUGGACGC